AGGGACUCAAUUAUGUCAAUUUUGAGAGGGUGGAUGCCACAGACAGGGAGAUACUCAUCUUGUGCUCGGCUCCCAGCUUUUUGAACAACUAUACACUGCAUUGUGAUAUUGGAAAUCCUCUGCCUAGAGAAAAAACAUGUCCACUUCAGGGUCCUACUGCAGCCUUUCUACAAGGAGGGCAUGAAACAGAGAUUCGAGUUCUCAGUCUCAGUGAACAGUUCAAACCCCGAAAACAAAUCUUCAUCACAUGAUAACUAUCAAGAAUUCACGGUUCCCAUUUGGGUUGAGACUGACAUACUCUUAUCUGGAUCUUCUCAACCUGAGGAUAUCCACUAUAACACGUCACUCUAUAACGCAGUGAAUAUAACACAAGAGAGUGAGAUAGGGCCUCAGAUAGUGCACACUUAUAGCAUCAGGAAUAAGGGACCCUCGGAUAUAGUACAGGCUGAAGUGUUAUUCUUAUGGCCUUCCUAUACAUUGGCUGGUGAUCAUCUGCUCUACUUAUUGGAACAGCCCGAGACCAGUGGACCAAUCAGAUGCGAGUAUGUACCUAAUGUGAACGAGGAGAGAGUCAGGUUGGAUAAAAGGAGGAAAUCCUACCUACAAUCUGGAAACUUUGGUGUACAAAGUGGUCUGACAUCUUCUGGCUCAGGACUAACCAUUGAGAAAUCACAAUCAUCCUCCUCCUCCUCCUCCUCUGGCACCUCAUCCGCUCACUCCUUCUCCUCCUCCUCUUCUUCUUCCUCCUCCUCACACGGCAGCAGGAAGAUUGGAGGCAGUCGAAACAGCUCAGGAAAACGUAUCGAACUGACCGCUGCAGAAAGACAAAAGUUAGAGGAAGAAGCACUAAGGAGAGAGGAAGAGGAGCUGUUGGCUGAGACAGAAGAUGGAUCCUACAGACACAACAAGAGGAUCAAACAGAAGAACAGGAAGGGAGAGGAGGGCUCCAGGGAGGAAGCUCGAGGUUCGAGGAACAGAGGGGAAGGUAAUGGACGUAAUAGUGAGGGAACGCAAACUUUCCAAGAACGGGGCAGAACUGAGACCAGCAGUGGAAGUAGAGUGACAAGUUCUGGAGAAUCUUCUGGAAAAAGGAUCGUGGAAGAAGAGAUUGCCAGAAGUUAUGGGGCAGGUGGUGUGUACAACCAUAACCGGGAUGGGUACAACAGAAACUUUGAGACAAACCGUUCCGGAACAGCUGAUUCUAGACAUUCAGGGUCCUUCGGGACAGGAAGCUCAUAUGAUACGAGGCACUCAACAUCCCAGGGAACCUCUGGAACAGCCUAUGAUUCCAGAAACUCUGGGACAUCCAGUCAUGGGUCAUCUGGUGGUGCAUAUGACUCGAGACACUCAUCAACUGCCCACCAUGAGUAUGGUUUCGAUGAUGAGGCAAGACGCAGACAGUUUGGUAAUGAUGCCUCAUCCACAAAGACCCAGAUUGAUUACUCCGGGUCAUCAAAUGUCAAUGUGAUUCCUGAGGAUCGCAAACACUACAGCAAAGAAGAACAUCAUUUCCGCAACUCCUCAUGGAACUCUAAGGAUGGUGGACAGCCUAAGGUGCAUUCCUUAUCUAGCUGGAGUAUAAAUUCGGAUGGUGUGGUGAGAAACGGGAGUUCCACAGAUUUUAACGCAAGAGGUACAACUACUUUGGAGGAGGAUCUGAGGAAUAUUGGGAUCAACCUAUCAAACAAUGAUGCCACAAACACUAGGAAAUAUGUGACAGAGGAGCAUAAGGAGACAAAUACCACCUGGGGAACCAAUACUAGACCAAGAACCUAUGAGACAACCAACUGGAGAGUUGAUGAGAAUGGGAAUGUCCGAAACGGGAGCUACACAAAUGUCUAUGAAGAUGGCGCAGUAGUGCAUAACUAUGGGAACAGUGGGGUGCUGUGGAAGGUCACAGGUAUUCAGGUUCGUCUUCAGAUCACAGGUAUUCGGGAGCAUCUUCAGGUCAACAGGGGACAGGUUACACAUCUUCAGGAACACAUGCGACAUCUUCAGGUUCCUAUGAUGAACAACACCGUUCAGGAUCUGAAAAUUCAAGAACCUCUUCUUCAACCUAUGGCAGUUCUUCAGGGAGUGGUUCCUCUGCAAGAGGUAGCUCUGCAAGAGGGUCUAGUUCUUCAGGAACUAGUUCAUCUGCAAGAGGAUCUAGUUCAGCAGGAUCUAGCUCCUCAGCGAGAGGAUCAGGGUCUUCACAGUUUGAUAGUUUGGGAGCUAUUGCGAGAGGUCCAGGACCCAAUGAUGGGAGGGCGAGGACGUAUACAUUUGAUGUGA